UUGAGCGCGCCUCUUCUUUCCAAAAGUAUCAUUCAGUACAUCGCCAUGGCUCGUGCAACACUUGUUCUUUUCUCCCUUCUCGCUCUCUACGUACAACAAGGAAUGAGUCUUCAUUGCUACGUCUGUUCGAGUGACCGGGAGUCGACGUGCAGUGAUCCUUUCACCAAAAGAGCACACUCCAGGUUUGUACUAACCGAUUGCGACCGAUCGAAAGCCCCUUCGUCUUACUCUGGGAAAAUACCUUUCUGCAGGAAAUUCAAGUCUUACGGCGGUUCCAAUGAUGAUAACUUGGUAACAGUAAGAUCAUGCACUUGGGUAAAUGAAGGUGAAAGUCCGUGCUCACAACACUUACUCGGCCCACAUAUCAGGGUUGAAUCAUGCUCCUACUGCGACGAAGAUAGCUGCAACAGUGCUUCAACCAUCUUCUCAACACUUCUUAUCUUCCCUGUGACUCUUUUAGUCUCAAAGUACUUGUAGGAUAAUCGCCUGUGAGGGAAAAAAGAUAUUUCUUAAUUGCCUGUCAUUUGUAGCAGAUAAUUUUUUUUUUUUAAUGAGUCUGCAAUGUUUGUAUAUUAAUUUGUUACUAUUGACGUAUAGCAUCAAUAUAUAAGUUUACAAUUUGGACUAACUUCUUUUUCCUGUAAUGUUAUUUUUGGGUUUUACCUUUACCAAUGUUUGUAUUCUUAAUCAUAUUUUUCAAUCACACUACCCAAAGGUUUUUCAGUCAUAUUUUAUUUACUGUAUUGAAAUUUUGUUUUUGUAAGCUUAAAAAAAUAUAAACUUUAGCUUUAUAUGUCCUAGCGAUAUUUUUUCUGCAUACAACUGUUUCUUUGUGGGAGGUAAAUCCAAAUCUAUAUAAUCUAUGUACAUAAGAUCAUAACAACCCUAAUACCCCCCC